UAAUAUAGAAUCGUACUUGUGGAUGGAUCACGAUAUUGUAAGGAAUCGGAGAAAUCGGAAUAUAUUUCUCAAAUCCGCAUUGCUCACAUCUGCAAUGAUGUGGAUUGUCUCGACACUCAGAAAAUACGCGCAGAUCUAUAUAAACGCAAUCGGAUCCGUGAUCUAUAAUCGCACAUUGUUAUUAUAUCGAUUAGCCAUCAGUGCAAAGUGCGGGUAGCAAAAAGACGAUUAAGAAUCAGGGGGCGUUUCUGCAACAUCAUCCUGAUUGCUGUGUACGCUUAUCUCGCAGCAGUUAGCUGCGCCGAUAUGUCUAAAAAAGUUCAAACAUUUUUUUCCCUCAAUCUCAAAAACAGCUUACUUCGUAAAAUAAUUUAAAAAAAAUCAAUAUUCCGAAAACAUGCAUCGCUAAAGAAACCCCUGAGUCCUGCCAUCUGGUAGCAUGAAUUCCAACUUCCAACCAGCCGUAUAUAUAUAUAUCCAUAUCGCAAUAGACAUCCACAACUCGCGCUUGCGCAGCGAGUCAGCGACGCGAACGAGCUUUGCUCGCACCUAUACGCGUGAAGACAAUCUUUCUCCCUCCAACACUCGCACACAUACACAGUAGUGACUCUAGACGAAAAAAAGAGACAAGAAAAAACAUAAUCGUGUCGUCACGGGUGGCCAUUGCUCUUCUCGCUCUGCCGUGCAAUACACACUGUAUACGGUUCGAGCCGCCGUCCUCGGCCUAGUCUGCAUUGCUCUCCCGUCAGCCCACAUCCGGCUCCAGUUUUAAUUUCGGAGUCGUCGACUUUUCAAGUUCGCGAAUUUAAGCCUCGUGCAUUAUCGCCGCGAGUUUGUGCGACAUGUGCGGGUCGAUUCCUAGGCGAUAGAAGGCCGAUUCCUCGAAGCGCAGAGCGAGCAGCUGGCGACUGUAGAAGGAGGCCUGAAAGCAAGAGACACAGCAGCUCCCCCAAGAGCGAGACGGAGACAACUCCACCAUAUCGGCUUAUACAGCGCUCAGGCAGUCCGGAAAGAUAGCCGCCGCGAGAGGGUGCAGGGCGCAGGCAGAGUAGCAGUCGUCGGCAGUGCGUGUGUGGUCGUCGGUGCGCGUCGGAAACCUGUCGUGUCCCUCCUCUCUUCUCUCGCUCGCGCAUUCCUCCCGCAGGACACAGACUGAGCGUAUACAGGCAAUCCUGCGCUGAAAGGCUCGGGAGCUGCAAGUGUACAGAACGAGUAUAAGAGAAAGAAACGGCCACGAACAUGUCGCGGCUCGAGAAGGAACGGGUCAAGCAGAUCCAGGACAAGUGCCAGACACUCCUGACGCAGAUGCUCCGCGACGAGGACAACAAGUACUGCGUUGACUGCGAUGCCAAAGGACCAAGAUGGGCAAGCUGGAACCUCGGCAUAUUCCUCUGCAUCCGGUGCGCGGGUAUCCACAGGAACCUCGGCGUUCACAUAAGCAAAGUCAAGUCCGUCAACCUGGAUUCCUGGACCCCGGAGCAAGUUGUGAGCUUACAACAGAUGGGAAACUCACGAGCGAGGGCUGUGUACGAGGCGAAUCUUCCCGACAGUUUCCGAAGACCCCAGACCGACUGCAGCUUGGAGAGCUUCAUCAGAGCGAAGUACGAGCACAAAAAGUACAUCGCAAGGGAAUGGGUACCACCCCCAUUGCCCAAGGUAUCUGUCAACUGGGAUAAGGAGCUGGACGAGGAGGCGGAGCGACAGCGCAGACGGAAAAAAGACAGCCAGAAACCUACGACUCAGACUGCAUUGCCUCCUGUGAAAAAGCCAGAAGUAGUGCCUCAGAUACCGAAACCGCGAAGUUCCGUCAGCCCGAAACCCAACAGAUCCGUACCUCUGCCCACGGCAACCAACUCGGCUACGCUGGACUUACUCGGUCUGGAUGCCCCAGAAAAUCAAACGAGUACAAAUGGCUCUACAUCUGGAGAUGACAUAUUCACAUCGUUCUUGUCGGGGCCACCUGCAUCAUCGUCGGCACCCGUGUCAAAUGGCACAUCGACGGAGAGUAACAGUACAAAUGCCUCUGCGGCGGCCAGCAAGUCCGAAGAGGAGAGCUUUUUCAAUCAGCCGGCCCCGACGCCACAGGAGAAGAGCAAAAUGACGAAGGAUAGUAUUCUAGCGUUGUACGGAACUCAGCCGAGUCAACCUUUCGGAGGUAACAUGUUCAAUCAGCAAAUGCCUGCCCAGCAGUUCCAGCAGCCAAUGUCGAACGUGGGAGCGUUUAAUCAGCCUCUAAAUCAUUCCCUGCAGUCCCAGAUGGGCAUGCCCGGCGUUAAUCAAAUGAACGUCGCGCCCAAUCAAAUGUGUAUGAAUCCUAAUCAAUUAGGUGCCGCCUCGGGAAACCCUAUGGCCAAUAACUCUGCCAUGACUAUGCAAGCUCAAAUGAUGGUUCUAGGUAGCAAUAACGGAUGGAGCGGGAUGAUGACCGCUCAAAACUUGCAGCCUGCUCCUGGCAGCAAUCCAUUCUUGAAUCUGGGUGCCCAGCCAACGGCUGCCCAACUCUUUGGACAGCUUCCCCAGCAAAUGUCUCAAAUGUCCCUCGGCGGGAUGGGCUUUCCCGCUGCGCCUGGUAAACCAGCGACAGCGUCAUUACCAGGUCAAACGCUUUCGACGAACCUAUGGCAGUAAUAGUCUUCGGACAGUGUGCUCGUUUGGUGUUUAAAAGCUAGUUUUGGCCGGUCUACCUAUUGUCGACCACCGACGUUUAGGAAAAGCAAUGUGACUCGUUGAACUGAAUAAGAUAAAGAAAA